AUGAACGCCGCGCUGGAGGCUUCUCAGCUGGGCUUCUCCCUGGGCGAGACAGGAGCCGACAUCCAAGGCCUCAAGAUCUCCGACUUCACCAUCUUCGUGCUCACCGACGAGGCCUUCGAGUCCAUUGGCUCCGUGCUGGCGUCGGCCGACCUCGAGACGCUCCAGGACGUCCUUCGCUACCACAUCAACCCCAGCAGUGUCAUCUUCUCGCAGUCCCUGGGCAAUGUCACAGUCCCCUCCCUCCAGGGCCCCGACCUGACCUUCACUGUCCUGCCCGACGGCUCAGCCUGGGUAAAUAACGCCCGAAUCACAUUUCCCAACACCAUAUUGUACAACGGUGUCGCGCAUGUAAUUGACAGUGUUCUCAGCCCUGGACCCUUCGACCGAUCCUCUCUAGAGCCGUCCACUCCGGCGUCUGACCGAGUCGCCUUCCCGGAUGCUUCUUUUGUCUCGAGCCUACCUUUCUCAAGCAUCGCUUUCUCGACCGAUCAUAUGGCUUACUCCACGACGCCUGUAUUGCUUCAGACCAUUGCUGCCGUCUCGCCCCAGCAAGCCGAGGCCAACACUACGACGACAAGCUCCAGUGCCCACUGCGGGUGGUAG